AUGGCCGGGAUGGACCCUGGCGGGGGCAGCCCCGGCGGCGGCGGCUCGCGCUACUUCCACCACCUGCUCCGCCCGCAGCAGCAGCAGCAGCCCUCGCCGCUCUCGCCCACCUCCCACGUCAAGAUGGAGCAGGCCAGGGACCAGCACGCCAGGAUGUCGUCGCCGGACCAGACCCCCGCGGGCGAGGCGGCAGACGCGGGCGGCAACGGCGGCGACCAGCCGUCGUCGUCGGCCAUGGUCCCGGUCGACGGCGGAGGAGGCAGCGGCGGCUCGGGCGGGCCCACGCGCCGUCCGCGCGGCCGGCCCGCGGGGUCCAAGAACAAGCCCAAGCCGCCCAUCAUCGUGACGCGCGACAGCCCCAACGCGCUGCACUCGCACGUGCUCGAGGUCUCCGCGGGCGCCGACAUCGUCGACUGCGUUUCCGAGUACGCGCGCCGCCGAGGGCGUGGCGUCUGCGUGCUCAGCGGCGGCGGCGCCGUCGUCAACGUCGCGCUGCGCCAGCCGGGCGCGUCGCCCCCGGGCAGCGUCGUGGCCACCCUGCGUGGACGGUUCGAGAUCCUGUCCCUCACCGGCACGGUGCUUCCGCCGCCCGCGCCCCCAGGCGCAAGCGGACUCACCGUGUUCCUCUCGGGUGGGCAGGGACAGGUGAUCGGCGGGAGCGUGGUGGGAUCUCUUGUCGCCGCGGGGCCUGUCGUCCUGAUGGCCGCUUCCUUCUCCAACGCCGUGUACGAGCGGCUCCCUCUCGAAGGGGAGGAGGAGGAGGUUGCGCCGCCUCCCACUGGAGCUGAAGCGCAAGAUCAGGUGGCACAGUCAGCUGGGCCGCAAGGGCAGCAGCCAGCGGCAUCGCAGUCCUCUGGCGUCACCGGAGGCGAUGCCGGAGGCAUGUCGCUCUACAACCUUGCUGGCGGGAAUGUGGGGGGCUACCAGCUUCCCGGAGACAACUUUGGAGCCUGGGGUGGCGGCGGUGGCGGAGUCAGGCCACCGUUCUGAUCCGUCUCUUGCAAUGCAAAUGUACAAUCCACACACAUGAAGACUUCACAAGAGUUUCAAAUGGUGGAGAGCCCUUGCCAUCCAGUACAGAGAGCUUAACCACAGCAGGCAUGCAUACUGGAUUUUUCAUUGGAUUGACCUUUGUGAACUUGGAGCUAUUUACACGUAUGCAUCGUGCAUGCAUGCGUUUUGAAAGAUUGGGUAUACAUGGGAUAGAUCUAUUGGAGGUCAUGAGAUAUACUAUGUUCAGGGAGGAAGCUGUUGAAUUAUUUCAUGCAAGAUCAAUUUGGCAAUAAGUUUAAAGGUUAGUGAGAUCCCAUGUUUUUUUUCUGUUUUUCUGGCACCACCGAGUGUUUUUCUUCUUUUUCUUACAUUUUCCUUUGUAAUGUUCUAUUCUAUUCUGGCUGUAUCUUGGUGUAGAAUGAUGUUUCUUGAAUGAAACUUUUGCUUCCCUUUU